CAAUUACUUUUUGGGCAACCCAAUAUUAAAUUUGUUUCAUUUUUAUUUACUUUUGAUGAAGAUCCAUGGCAGCAGCCAGUGUUUAGUUACAGAAAACUCUCAACAAAUAAAGUUGCAAUUUUACCUCAAGUCGGUUGUUCUAUAUUAGAAGAUAACAAGAAAAGAGCAAUUAUCGGUUUCUUAAGUGUUUGAUGGAAUCAACCUUAUGGGAGAGCUACGAUGAAACCAACAACGUUCCUUUGAAUUUGUUAAGGAGGGAAGAUGCUGCAAUGGUAUUGAGUGGGUCUGGCUGGCUGGCUGACAUUCAAUGGAAAUUAGUCUGCCAAUUAUGAAUGAAUACAGAUAUCUUCAAUGAUAACAAAGUGUCCGUAACCGUAGCCUCACACCACUGGUCGAAGCCACAAUAUCCAAAAGCAUUAGAUGGUUAGUCAAAGGUUUCUUUGUCCGCAAGGGACUUGAGAACGUUGUUUCUACUUUUGUGUACGGUGCUGGAAUGUAAAGCAAUUGUAGUCCUAUGCAGCCUUCGAAAUACAUGCUGUUGUUGCUCGGCGAAUGGAAAUUGUCCAACGGGAGGAUCGGGAGUAGUAAGCUCUCAUGCGUCUUGGCUACAGAUAAAAGAAGGGAGAUCGCUCUGUUGGACUCCUCUAUAAUAGUCUUCAGACAGGCUGAGGACAGUUGUAAGGUACUCGAAUCCAGGCAGAUCCAGAUUCUUCAGCAUCAGUGUAGAGAUUCCGUCUGGGAACAGCACCUUGCGCGACUUGGCGCCACGGAUGACAUUCGUAGCUUCGUGCACGGUAAUUUGUGAUGGCUGUCCAGCGGCACAGAGAUCACGGAUACGACGAAUGGCUCCCCUUCAAGCCUUGCCUAAGGAAAAUACCUCACAAAUAACCAGAAAUCAUAUGGUGAUAUAUGGCCAUUUUGCUGAUCGAAGUUUUGCCAACACACCCAAAGAAAUUUGUGUGCGUGUGUAUAUACGUGUGCGUACAUUAGCAGAGAAUAUGAGAGAAAGAAGAUAAUAAGAAAGAGAAUACAAACAAAAAUCUGACAUCCUAAUAACCUCAGACCUGGGCGGCUGUUAACAGCUGUUCGCUUGAGACCACCUUGUUAAAUCCGCCUUGGGUGAAGGGUAUAAAAAUUUAAUUUUACAAAAUUCCACUCAAAACUGUUUGGGGAUUUUUUUUGCGAAAUUGAUCUAAUUUUGGGGAUUUUCGGGGACAAGGGAUUGAAAAGUAUUGGCAACACUGAUGUCAAGAGUUGGGCCCCUUAUUCGGGGUAUUCCCAUUAUGUGUUAUCUAUCAUGUCAGUUACUUGAUAAUGCAAAAGAAAAAGCUUUUGUUGUCUACUUAACAAAAAUAAGAAGAAACCAAUGUCGGUCGUAUAAUUCAGUCUGGCAGUAUUAUUUGUGGAGGCAAUACUACUAUUUUUUGUAUGGUGCAUGUCGUAUGUAUGAACUCUGGAUAAUUUGCGGUUAAUGUUAUCGAAAGACAAACAGAAUUAAACCUACACAGUGUAUACAAUUCAAUUGUUGAUUAACGAUCGCAACAACAAAAUGCCUGGCCUGCAACUGAUGUGCCCUGUGUGCACGGAAGAUUUCCAAGAAGCCGACGAUAUUCACGUAACAAAUUGUGGGCAUUUGUAUCACUUCUCAUGCAUGGAGGACUGGCGGACCAGGGCAAACAGCUGUCCCCAAUGCCGCCUAGAAAAUCCCAACACAUAUAAAGUAUAUCUCGUACUUAGUGAAGGGAAUGAAACAUCUGCUCCCAGUGAGGAAGAUGAAGACCUGCAUGCGAAACUGGAAUCCUCUGCAGAGAAAAUAAAUGAAUUGCAAGCAUUGUUGGAUGAGUCAGAACUAAAUAUGUUCCACAUCCAAGAGCAAUACACAGUGGAGCAAGAUCUAAGGAAAAAACUUGAGCAUAAAAUUGCCGAGAAUGCCAACUACGAAGAGAACUUCUACCAACUACACCACCAGUUUUCGGAAUCAGAAGAACGAGUCAAACUUCUGAAGGAGGACAACGAACGUUUGAUCAUUGAGAAAGAACAAAGUGCCGAGAAACUUUUCUUAAAGGCAAAAGAGUUAUCCAUGCUACAGCAAUCAUUGAACGCCGCAACCAAGGCCCAUUCCGAAGCACAGUUAAUUGAUUACACAGCACAAUGUUCGCAAUAUGAAGAUCGCCUUAAACUACUGCAGCAAGAAAUAAAACAAUUAACCCUGGACAAUGAAUACAAAUCAAAGGAUAUCGCUUUAAAGAUCCGUGAAAUUGCAGCUCUCAGAGUUUUCCGACAGGGUAAUACUGACCCAAGCAAUAAACAAUUGACAAAUACUAAAUGCAUUCUUGACAUGGAGCAAAAGCUAAAAGACAUAACCGCCCAACUGGAGAAAGAGAUAGCAAAUAGCACGCAACUCUCCAUAGACAAAAUAAUAUUGCAGAGCCAAAUUCAGCGAAUGGAAUUGCAGAUGAGGGGCACUCAAGAAGCGCCUCGUAACGAACAAUGUGAGUUAGUAGAUGAUGCCGCAAUCAACGUUGACGAUGAUUCAAACAAAAACAAAGCAAGCGUUUCGAAUAAGACCGCACUUCUACACACCAUAAAUGAUAACGAGCUAAGUGAGGGUACUGCCCGAAGUGUAGUACUCCAAAAAUUCCCCUUCCUAGAACUUCAACCAUCGCUGGAGGAGGUUAUAAUAUCAAUUGCUGCAAAAAUGGACGUGGUCAUAAGCAAAGGAGACAUCGUAAAGGUUGGGACUAUAGGAACCUCUGCUAAAUCCCCUAAAAUUCCCAAGCAAGUCAGUGUUUACGUCGAGUUUGCUUCCGAUGAUUUGAAGUGGCGUUUACUCGCCAACGGACAUCUGCUUAAAAGAGACGAAACAUUCAAAGCCGUGAACAUAGCUGAGUAUAUGGAUCGCAAACUGCAUGCCAUAUUCUUGUACGCCAAUAGAAAACUGCGCGGUGUGCUCUUCGACUACAUUACUUGCCGCAACAAUACCAUAAUAGCGAAGAAAACUGCCCAGGAUGCGGAUACUUUGAUAAUUUACAGCAAGGAACAGGUGGACGAGUUGCUUAAAAUCAGCAAUCCGCCCAUGAAAGUGUCUAAGCCUACUACCAAUGCAACAAAAAAGGCCCCUAAGGUUAUUAACGAAGGAUAUUAGGACUGUGUACAUAUGUAUUGUAUUGGGUUGCCCAAAAAGUAAUUGCGGAUUUUUUAAGAGAAAGUAAAUGCAUUUUUAAU